AUGCCCUUGAAAAUGUUGGCUGGCCGUAUUAUGUGGUCCAAUCUCUUAUACGCGUUUGUUGCCAACCUAGCAAACUUUCAGAUACUGUUUUAUCUCCCCAUCUAUUUCCAGGCCGUUCAUGGCAUGUCAGCCAUCAAGAGUGGCGUCUACUGCCUUCCCUUCAUGGCUUUCUAUACCUGCGGGGCUGUAGUCAGCGGUAUGCUUGUUGGGAAGACCCGUUUCCUGCAGCCGAUCGAGCUUGGUAGUGCACUCAUAGCUGUUCUUGGAGGCGCCCUAAUCUACGGCAUCGACGUUGAUACCUCUAAGGCGUGGUAUAUCGGCGCUCAGAUUCCUUUCGGGCUUGGAAUCGGUCUUGGAAAUCAAGUUCCGGUGACGGCGUUACAGGGCUUCGCGACGCCGGAAACUGUGGCAGCGACGAUGGGAGUAGCUUUCACGGCCCAAUCUAUCAGCGGGGCCUAUUUUGUUACUUCCGCCAACUCUAUCUUCGACAACUACCUACUACAGACUUUGGCGCGAACUGCUCCUCAAAUCGAUUCGGCGGAUAUCCCGUUCAUUGGAGUGUCGGAACUUGCAAAUUUUUACGAAGGGGAGCAGUUGGCUGUGAUUCGAGACGCAUAUAUGGUUGGGAUCAAGGAUGUCUUUGCCUUCGCCCUGGCCGGUACUGCGCUCACUGUAGUCCUCGCCCUUUUGAUUCCCUUCACGAGACUUCCUUCUCACGAGGCCAAGAAGGCUGAGGAUAAGGAGGCAGCGGCUAAGGCCUCUUGA